UGCAGUAGGAAAGUUUCCACUACACCGCAGCUCCUGUCUGAUCAGCUAAUGGUGCAUAGAGAUACUCCGGAUAAUAAUCCGGACAUUCCAUUUCAGUUUACUGAAGCUAAUAUGAAGAGACUCACGGCGCUUGUACAAAACUAUCCAGAAGGCUCGCAAGUGUCCGCCAUAUCAAUGGCCAUGGACCUCGUGCAGCGACAGAUUGGUUGGAUCCCAAUAUCGGCCCAACACAAGAUUGCCGAGCUUCUCAGUAUGCCACGCAUGAGGGUCUAUGAGUGGGCUACAUUUUAUACCAUGUGUAAGAGGACCUAUAGAGGCAAGUUCAAUGUAAAAGUGUGUAAGACCACGCCGUGCAUGUUGCGUGGGUCUGACAUCAUUCUUCGAGCCGUUGAAGAAGCGACCUGCUGCUGCGUCGGCAGUGUGUCUCCUGACAAAAUGUUUGGAGUUGACCUUGUGGAGUGUCAGGGCGCAUGCGCUAAUGCACCGGUCUUAGUUGUCGAUGAUGAUUAUUAUGAGGAUGUUACAGUCAGUGAUGUUUACAAUAUCAUCCAAACAUUGAAAUCUGGAGGCAUACCACCCUGUGGGCCACAGAGUGGGCGGUACGCAGCCGAACCAGCUUGUGGGUUGACAACACUUCUAACCUGUCCCCCGCCUCCCGGGUACUGUAUCCAGCCAGCCUUGUACAAGGGAUAAAUUCCUUACAUAUUGUACAAUUUUAAUUUUAUUUUAGAUGUGACUAAAAGACU